AUGAUAAACCUCUCUAUUGCUUCGCCUUCUACCGUUUCCCUCCCUUCUACAGUUCUUAGCUCAACCUCCAAAUCCUCCUUCAUUGGCCUUCAGAUCCGUUCCCCAUUUUCGGUUCGCGUUGCUGCUAAAACGACAUGUGCCGGAAGCCGCAAUUCGUCUGUGGUAAUGAUGGCGAAGAGAGAGGAGGAAUUGAAGGAAAUCAGAGCCAAAACUACUGAGGAAAUAAACGAGGAGGUGGUCGAUCUCAAGGGCGAGCUCCUUAUGCUUCGGCUUCAGAAAUCAGCUCGAAAUGAGUUUAAGUCCAGCGAAUUCCGUCGCAUGCGCAAACGGAUUGCUCGGAUGCUUACUGUAAAACGUGAAAGAGAGAUUGAGGAGGGAGUGGGCAAAAGGCUGUCAAGAAAGUUAGAUAGAAAGUGGAAGAAAAGCAUUGUUGUAAGACCACCUCCAUCUCUGAAGAAGUUGAGAGAGGAAGAAGCAGCAGCUGAAGAAGCUGAGAAAUCUGCUUGAUCCUAUCAGAUAUGCUCUCAACGAAUAUUGUAUUUUUAUGAGUUUGAAGUUGUUGAGAAUGCCCAUUGAAACAACAUUCUUAUCUUUUUUAAAAGGAGUUUUUCUUUUUUGAAGAAAAAAAUUUAUGAUCUUGUACUUAGCUUAUGCACAAAUGGAAAUAGUUUUUAAGAGGAUUGUGGGAAUUCUUUAACUUUCAUGAUCUUCGUCGCCAGAUCAAUAGAUUCGAAUGUAUGACCUUAAAAAAUUGAGCUACAUUACUUGAACAGAAUUUUCAUUCAAUUA